AUGGCGGCCAUGCAACUCAAACGCACUGGUAAACAGAGUUGUCCAGAUUGCAAGGAAGAAGAGAAGAUCAUUGAAGAUUAUAAAAAUGGGUAUAACGUUUGUGGGGCUUGUGGAUGCACGAUUGGAGGUAGAAUUAUUGAUGAAAAAGGGGAAUGGCGAACAUUUAGUGAUUCAGCUGAAAAUCCAAGUCGAGUUGGAGGUCCCAGUAAUCCAUUCCUAGACUCAGAACAAUUAGAUACGCUUAUCUCUUCAGGCGCAGGUCUUUCUUCCUACAGUCUAGCUAAGACUCAAAUGAAAAGCAGUUUAAGAGGACCGGAAAGAGCACUUAUUAAUGGACUCAAUCUAAUCACUGCUUUUUGUGAGCGCAAGAAUCUUUCUAAGACUAUUUCUGAUGCUGCUAAGUAUAUCUUUAAGACCGUAGAGAAGAAGAAGGUUCUGAAAGGGAAGAACUUAGAAGGAGUAGCUGCUGCUUGCAUUUAUAUUGCCUGUCGUAAGGCCGGUUUUGUUCGUACUUUUAAGGAAGUGAGUGUUUUAACUGCUGUGCCUAAAAAGGAAAUAGGUCGGUGUUAUAAAGCUAUCUUCCCGCAUAUAGAAAAGAUGGCUGUUGUUUCGACUGAAGAUAUUGUGGCUAGAUUCUGUUCUGAUUUGACUUUAAGCAUAGAAAUUCAAAAGGUUGCUUUAGCUAUCAGUAAAAGAGCGCAAGUUUUGGGAUGUAUUGCUGGUAAAUCACCCGAUUCAAUUGCAGCUGCUAUUAUCUACUUAAUUACUUACUUAUUCCCGACCCAGAAGAAGAUCCAAAAAGACAUUCAAAUAGUUACUAAUGUGACCGAUGUCACCAUAAAGAACACCUAUAAAGAACUCCUGCCCUAUCGUUAUGAGCUAGUCCCAGAAGGUCUAGUUCCUAAAAGCAUUCUAGAUACUCUUCCUAACUCCUAG